CGUAUUAUUGCAAAAUUCCAAGAUGGAGGCAAAAGCUGGGGAAACAACUGGGACGACGCAAAACGCGACAGAAAUUCACCUGGAUGAUGAAAAACAACCAAAAGACGACCAUUUUCAGGGAGCUACUUUAGAAAUAAAUGGAGAUGGAGCUCAGCCACAUGCCGAAGCAGAGGUGGAGUUUGCUGGACCGCGUUUCGAUCGAAACCGUCCGGGUUCUACUAUCGGACGUCAGUCCGUGCGCAGUACAUCUAGCAGAACGUCACUGAAGGCUGGGGGCUAUAAAUCGGAGAAAAUGUCCGAACAAUACUUUUGCUACAAAGAGACUGCACUAGAUGAAGCAGCAGGAAAAUGUAAAAGUAAGGAAUACAAGGCAGACUUAGAUGGCAAUAUUACCGGAACCUGGCUGCUGACAGAGUACGUUUCUAGAAUAUUUAACCCUUAUCACGACUGAUUCUGUCUUUGCGAC